AUGGCUCCUUUCAUGCAGAAUGGCUCCGAUGCUGACGAUCUCUCCUCCUCUAAGUCCAAACAGUCCACGCUUACCUCACUCCUUAGCUCCGUGCACGCAGAUCUUCUAAGCCAAGCUCACCGUAUCCCCGCUGACAUUCGCACCCUGCGCGAGCUCUCCCAAGCUGGGCUGCAGGGCGGUCUGAUCGAUGACAAGAAGUACCUUAACAUCAUGUACCCUCAUCUUGGGGCAUCGGGAAGCCACUAUGCGCGGACAGUGACUCCGAAGCAUCCACGACCUGCGGUCUUGCCAGACCCGGGGCUCAUAUUCGACUCGCUACUGGCCCGUGAAGGUCCCGCAAAGGAACAUCCAGCCGAGAUCUCGAGCAAUUUGUUCUAUUUUGCCAUCAUCAUCAUACACGGUGACUUUCAGUUCCGCUCCUAUACGGAGCAGACCCAAGUUCGAACCUUCACUGACGGCCUCCUGAAGCCUGACACAUUCGCCGAGAAGCGGCUUCUCUCGCAGCCCCCCGGUGUAUGUGCACUCUUGGUCGCGUUUAACCGGUUCCAUAACUAUGUUGUCACGGAACUUGCAAGGAUAAACGAGGCCGGCAGAUUUGAUUUGCCCACUGGUGGGCAGGAGAAAAGCCCGGAUUAUGUCUGGGCGUUGCAGAAGCGGGAUGAGGAUUUGUUUCAGACGGGGCGAUUGUACAUUAUACCCUCAUCAUCAAAUACGACCACAGAUAUAGACAAGGCUAACGCGUGUAUGGGGAACAGGGUAACCUGCGGCCUCUACGUCUCCAUAAUACUGAAUGACUACCUCCGGACGAUCCUUAAUCUCAACGACAAUCCAACAAACUCCGACUGGAAGCUCGAUCCACGCAAGAAUCUCAGUGUUUUUGACUCGGAGGGCUUACCACGAGGGGUGGGGAACCAGGUCUCGGCCGAGUUUAAUAUGAUAUACCGCUGGCAUGCGACGACCAGUAACGAAGACGAAAAAUGGCUAAACGAGCUUUCGAUUAGGGUUUUCGGUAGCAAGGUUGAUCCUAGUACAUUGUCUGUGCAAAGAUACCUAAAUGGACUGCAUGAGUAUCUUGGGAAGACUGCACCGGGCGAGCCAAACACAUGGACGUUUGGGGACUUGAAUCGAGGAAAAGAUGGGAUGUUCGCGGAUAAGGACCUUGUGAAAUUGCUCCAUGAUGGAUGCGAGAAAGUCGCCGCGGACGUGAACUCAGACCCGAAAGUCGCUGAAGCAUUGGAAGCACUCUAUGGCCAUCCCGACAAUAUCGAGCUCUACGUCGGCGUGCAAGCCGAGGAAGCGAAGAAGCCCUUCCUCCCCGGCGCAGGUCUUUGUCCUGGCUUCACAAUUUCGUUUGCCAUUCUCUCAGACGCUGUCGCCCUUGUGCGGGGCGACCGGUUCUAUACCGUUGACUAUAGUCCGGUGAAUCUGACGAAUUUCGGGUUCAACACAGCCGAGUCGGACCCCGACGUCGCAAAUGGCGGCGUCAUGUACAAGCUCCUCAUGCGUGCUUUUCCUGGUUGGUACGAACCUAAUAACGUCUACGCCUUAUAUCCUUUUACCAUACCUGCAAAGAAUAAAGAAGUGUUUGAGAAAUAUGGACGGGCAGACACGCUGGAGUUCAAGAGGCCCGAGUAUACCAGGCCUCCUGUGGCUAUUACGAGUUGGAAGGGCGUUGUUGAGUUGUUGAACAACCCCAAGGCGUUCCGUGUCCCAUGUAUGCUUGCUUACCUUGCCUUGCGUUAUCAUAUUCAGCCCUGGUUCAUAUAUCCGCUAACUGGUUGGUAUGAAGGGAACAGAAACACCUUUCGCCUUACCAAACACGACUAUAUGCUUAGCGGUGACUCUGUGGCAAACUCGGAGCAGCGCACUUUCAUGGCGGAACGGCUGUAUAGGGUUCCUGAUGCCCUAGAGCAAGUUCGGAGGUUCUAUGAAUCCAUCACUGCGGAUCUUAUCCGGAGGAACAGUAUGCGGCUGGGGAGUUCGUCCUGUCAGAUUGAUAUUGUACGGGAUGUCUGCAACCUCGCCCACGCCUACUUCUGCUCGGAAUUCUUCAAUAUCCCACUGAAGCCCAAGGACGGCCACAAUGGUAACGGUAGUGGCAAUAAGCACUUAGAAACGACAGACGCAUACACACCUAAGGAACUAGCCGAGGCCCUUUUCGCACAAUUCGCCUAUGUCUUCCUGGACAUUGACCCAGUGCAAUCACGUAAGAAUCGCGUUGUCGCAUAUAGAGAGACCCAGCGAAUGGGCGAUAUCAUGACUCAGGUUGUCUCUGCCACUUCUGAGUCUGGAUACGGGCUUGCUUCUGCAUCUGGAUACCUCUUUAACAGGCCGUCUUGGAUUUCCGGGGGAAAGAACUCGAGCGGCUUAAGCAUGAACGGGUACGGACCGCAACUAGUGAAGAGGUUGAGAGAGGGCGGGAAAAGUGUGGAAGAGGUGGUUUGGAUGAUCAUUCCUACGGCCGCGGCGGCCUGCGCAACGCAAGCAACUGGGUGGGCCCAAAUGCUCGAUCUCUACCUCUCAGACCGGUACUUCACGCACUGGCCUGCAAUCCAGGAACUGGCACGCUCCGACAAGCCUGAGGCUUUUGAGAAGCUGAAGAGAUAUGCCUUGGAAGGAUUUCGCCUCUCAACUCCCGCCAAUGGCGUCCUUCGCAAUUGCAACACUGCAACUACAACGCUCAAAGACGGGUCGGCCACCAAAUCUAUCUCCAAAGGCGAUACUGUCUUUGCAGACUUUGCUUCCGCCGGAAUGGACCCAGACACGUUUCCGAAUCCUGAGGAAAUCAGACUUGAUCGGCCCUUGCAGCUCUAUAUUCAUCAUGGAUGGGGCACACAUGCUUGUCUUGGACGGGCAAUUGUUACAACGGCGGCGGCAGCCUUGCUGAAGAUUGUGGGAAGGUUGGAUGGUUUGAGAAGGGCGAAUGGUAUGCAGGGGGAGUUGUUCAGGAAGGAGGUUGGUGGGUUUAGGAUGUUUUUGGACGAGAAGGGUGAAAGUUGGAGAGUUUUUCCGCAGAACAUGAAAGUGGUGUUUGACAGCCUGGAUGGGCUGAAAGCGUGA